UUUUUGAGAAGGUAUUUCAAAGGAAUUUUCUCGUAUUUAUCAUGAUACAGAUGGUGGGUGGUGUUGAAGAGAACAUACAUAACAAUCUGAGAAACAAACUCACUCCUUCCUUCCAUCUUAAACUCUAAUCCACGAUAUGGUCCAUAGUUAUUUGGCUGUUCCAUUUCCAAAAUGGACUCACACUUUUCCAUCAAAUUCAACUCCCAGCACCCACCACCGCUCCACAGCAAGGGCUUCGAGAUUGAAGGCUCUGUCAAAGAUUGAUGAUGAUGAUGCUGGGUCUUUGGAGCAGUUUCUGCACAACAAUUCCAUAUCUGAUUUCAUGAGGUUCAAGAGGGGUCGUAACUCCCAGUUGCAGACUGCUAUUGUUAGCUAUCGCAAGAAGUUCCCUUGGUCCCUCUCUCACCCCUUUCUGCGAGUGGAUUUGGUCUCCACUAUCCACAUUGCUGAUAAGGAGUACUUCAUGACUCUGCAAAAAGUACUAGAGCAAUAUGAUUGUGUUCUUUACGAGAUGGUUGCUAGUAGAGAGAAUUUAGAAAGCAGAAGAAACCCAGAGGCUGGAAACAAACAUAAGGCUUCACAAUUGCGGGGAUUUAAUAUUAUCGGAUGCAUUCAACGACAAAUGGCAAAGCUGUUGAUGCUCGAUUUUCAAUUAGAUUGUCUUGACUAUCAGGAUGAGAAUUGGUAUCAUGCUGAUCUUGAUUUCGAAACUUUCAAAUCACUUCAGCUUGAAAAAGGUGAGAGCUUCUUCACAUUUGCCAGGGACACAACUCUUAGAUCCACUAAAGCUAUAGUGCAACCUACUCCAGUUCGAAAAGAUCUUGGCCCUUGGAGAUCCAAACUUCUUUGGGCCUCUCGUUUUGUACCAAUGCCUCUUGUUGGUCUUCUUGUCAUUGGAAGUAUAUGUGCUGAUGUAGGAAGUGAACCUGCAUACCCCGAAUUAGAAGCCUUGUCCAGGCUCGAUUUUAGUGGAGCAAUGAAAGUUUUCCUAGCUAAGAGGCUGACGUCCGAGUUCAUGCAGUUGACAUCAGAUGUGGAGGAGAAAUCAGUCAUUGUAGGCGAGAGAAAUAGAGUUGCUACAGAGGCACUACGCCGAGCCAUUGACUGUGGGAACAGAAAGAUUGGCAUCUUAUAUGGGGGUGGGCACAUGCCCGAUUUGGGGCGCCGUUUAAGGGAGGAAUUCAAUCUUGUCCCAUCCGGGGUGCAGUGGAUAACUGCUUGGUCCAUCAGAAAUAAGAACCUCACCACAACUUCUUCUCCUGUUUUUGAAAAAUUGGGGGGCAUGCUGAGGUGGCCAUUGAACCGGUAUCAAACCCUUGCGUUGCUCAUCUUUUCUUCGGUGCUCGCGCUUGAUCUAUGGUUUUGGGAAUUGUUUUUUGGUGCUACGGUAAAUUGGAUUUCUAAUGCAGCUUUCGACUUGUUUCGGUUUAUUGAUAGCCCUCGACUGAUAUGAUUUGUAGCGGUAUCUUUUGUGAAUAUUGUAUUAAUGGUCGAAAUUGUAUCUAACAUAAUGUAUGUCUAUCCGGCUUGUUGGUUGUUGCAAUGAACACUUUUGUCCAUGUUAACCUAUCCAUCGCAUUAUUUUUCGAGAAAAUUAGGUUGCCCUAUUGGCGUAAGCCAACGGAUUUGAUUGGCGGGGAUGUACUUUUUAAUCAUUAGGCUGCAAGUGGCAUUUGAUUGGCGGGAUUUUGUGGAACGGUUGCCACACAUCUACAC